AUGUACUCAGGCAUUAACGAGUUAGUCGAUCUUAUUGACAGCCCAGUUAGGGACAUUAAGGACCAGUCUGGUCCCAAACUCGGUCCUGGAUGUGCCCUAGAUAUUUUGCGGCAAAUUUACACUGUGACGAAUGGGAUGAGAGAGGUGUGGCGGUGUGUCGUGAGAGACGCAGAGCCGACAACAAUCAUGGCUAAAACCAGAGAUAGGGAGGUUUGUGAAGAAAUCAUGUGUUUGAGGAGAAGUAGAGAGGGCGUGACAUGGCGGUGAGA